AUGGACAGCCUACCGCCAAUACCGAUACCCAACGGCCACGAGUCGACGUCGAGACACGAUGGCCCCAUUUUCCUACCAGACCAUACCACACCGACGAAUCUGAACAAUAUAUCCACCAUCAACCGAUCUCGUCUGCAGAGACAGUCCUUGUCCUCUGUACCAACCGAACAAUCUAAACCGUCAAGGGACAACUGUGAUAGACGAAGACCCGAGGAUACAGAGGACUCCUCCCGACUACCCAAUAUGUCCCAACAACUUAUGGGCCAAUCCGUUACUCCCUUUUUACGGGAACAUAUCCCCGGGCUGUAUGCACCUAUAGGAAAGCCCGAUCUUCCAUCUAUGGCUGCUAUCACGACAAAGGAUCCUAACAGUAAAUAUUGUUACCGACACCGGCCAGAUUCCAAGUGUCGUAGGGCUGCUGACGAGACUAAGAUGGGGUUAAUCCAGAGCGAACUCGAAACACUACCUGCUGCCGAUAGACAGGCUAUUACGAAUGUUUGGUCAUUGUUUUCUGCUGCUCCCUCAAAGCACCGCGAGCUUAUGUUGCAAGGCAUCAUUACUCAGUGUUGCUUUCCUCAACUAUCUACAGUGUCUCGUGAGGUCCACGAACAAUUAAAGAUAGACUUCCUGUCUGCUCUACCAACAGAGCUAUCUCUGAAGAUUCUAUGUUACCUUGAUUGUUCUUCUCUCUGCAAGGCUGCUCAGGUUAGCAGAAGGUGGACCCAGCUAUCUGGAGACGACGUCGUAUGGCACCGUAUGUGUGAGCAACAUAUCGGACGCAAGUGCGAGAAGUGCCAAUGGGGUCUUCCGAGAUUGGAGAAGAAGCGGCUAAAAGAAUGGAAAAUUCAACAUCAAGCAAACCUGAACAACCACCGAACGCUGUUGGCCAAUGGUCAGGAUUCUUCUGUUGUGACGAUCGUCAAGCGUGCCGCGUCCUCCCUAGAGGAUAAAGAAACGGAUUCUUCGAAACGUCAAUGUGUCAAUGGUGUCGGCAACCAAAACAAGCCAACGAGUACCCAGAAGUUUAGGCCGUGGAAAGAUCUAUACCGUGAGAGAUAUCGCGUUGGAUCAAACUGGCGGUAUGGUAGGUGUACCAUUAAAACAUUUGGGGGACAGCACACGAACGGUAUAACUGCUUUGCAAUUCGACGACAACAUGCUUGCUACGGGCUCUUAUGAUUCGAAAAUAAAGCUCUGGGAUAUUGAGAAGGGCGAGGUUAUUCGGACUCUCGAGGGUCAUACGAUGGGAAUUCGAGCCCUCCAGUUCGAUGAUAGGAUGCUUGUUUCCGCAAGUUUAGAUGGUACGGUCAAAAUAUGGAACUGGCGAACGGGUGUUUGUAUCAACACCCUUAACCACCAAGGCGGCGUCAUAACCGUGCAUAUGGAUGGUGGCCUUUUAGCUUCGGGAUCCAUGGACAGGUCGAUCAAAAUAUUCAACUUUAAAACCCAACAGUCAUUUACUCUACGCGGCCACUGCGAUUGGGUAAACCAUGUUCGCAUUGACGCGUCUUCACGUACGCUACUCUCGGCCUCCGACGACUGCACUGUGAAGCUUUGGGAUCUCGAUUCCAAAGUCUGUAUCAAGACAUUCGAGGGUCAUGUCGGACAAGUACAACAAGUUCUUCCGCUUCCGGACGAUUACGAAUUUGAAGAUGAGACGACCCGUGACGGUGAUGCCGUCUCUGUAACCAGCAACCGUAGCAGCACGCCUCCAAACGGUUCGUCUUCUUCGUUUUCGAGCACCCAGGAUGUGGAUGAGGAGCGAGCAAUGUAUGGUCCUAUCUUCCAGAGCGACCCCGACCGACCGCUACCUCCACGCUAUAUGCUUACGGGCUCCCUUGACGCAACUAUGAGGCUCUGGGACACAGCAACAGGGAAAAGCCCCCGAACCUUCUUUGGUCAUGUCGAAGGCAUCUGGGGACUGGCGGCUGACUCUCUGCGAUACGUUACUAGUGCCAAUGACGCUACAGUCAAAGUGUGGGAUUCUCGAACUGGCAAGUGCGAACGAACAUUUACUGGCCAUGCUGGACCAGUAACCUGUGUCGGGCUCAGUGAUAGCCGGAUGGCGAGCGGUGGCGAGGACGGAGAAGUGCGGUUAUAUAGCUUCGAGGGUGAGCCUUCAGAAGUCGAAGAGUUCGGUACCCCUGCUUAA